CAUGGCAACCAUGUCCCGCCUUCCUCUUGAUCCGGACCAGGUAUUGGCCAGCGGGGACGCCGGUCAGGGAGAGUCGCCCACCCCUCUGUGUAGAGUCCACGGGAGGGUCUCUACUGACUGCCGCGUCUUAACCUACCCAGCAGAAGACGGUGCCUUUUGACUUGCCUCAACUAGCUACCUCUGCCAUCCUCUACCAGCCACAGCUCCGAGGGCUGGAGCCACACCCAGGACUCACUGAUCAUGACUUCUAUAAAGGAGCAGGCAGCAAUCAGCAGGCUUUUAAGUUUCUUACAAGAGUGGGACAAUGCUGAGAAAGUCGCAAGGAGUCACAUCCUUAACAAUUUCAUUGAAACCAACCAAGGCAAGACUGGCCCUGAGCUGGAGCAGGAGUUUUCCCAGGGAGCCAGCUUAUUCCUCGCUCGCUUGACUACCUGCCUUAGGAUCACCUAUAUGACUGGCUCAGGAUUAGAAAAGCUCCUGAGAUCCAUUGGCAUCUUCUUGACAGCUGUGAACAGCAAUCGGUACCUGAUCGAAUUUCUUGAGGUUGGAGGUGUCCUGACACUCCUGGAAAUACUUGGGUUAGAAAAGGUUAAGGAAGAGGACAAGAAAGAGGCCAUCAAGCUUCUGCAGGUUGUUGCAAGCUCUGGCAGGAAGUACAAGGAGCUCAUCUGUGAAAGUUAUGGUGUACGAUCUAUAGCAGAAUUUUUGGCUAAGUCUAAGUCAGAAGAGACUCAAGAAGAAGUGCAGAUUCUGCUGGAUUCUCUGGUCCAUGGUAACCCCAAGUACCAGAAUCAAGUGUACAAAGGUCUCAUAGCUUUGCUGCCCUGUGCCUCCCCGAAAGCUCAGCAGCUGGCACUGCAGACCCUCAGGACUGCCCAGGUGAUCGUGGGAACCACACACCCCAGCAUCGUGGACUGCGUGCUGAAGACACUGGGCACGAUGCACCUGGAAGUCCAGUAUGAAGCCAUUGAACUCAUAAAGGACCUGGUGGACUACGACGUGCGCUUGCCACUGCUCAAGGGUCUGGUGGCUCUGCUGAUCCCCUCCAUCAAGGACACUUCCCAACAGCAGCCCAAGAUCCUCACUGAGUACCCGCUCCUGCAACUCACUGCGCACCCGCCCAAGUUCCUGCAACAGGCAGCAGCCGCCAAAGCCAUCGGGGUUCUGGCUCGCCGCUGUCUGCGCGUGGCCGAGGAGAUGCUGCGCCUGCGCGUGGUGCACAACCUGAUGGCCGCCAUGGGCAACACGGACCACAGCAACAGCCAGAGGCUGGCAGGCCUGGCGCUGCAGUUCUUCGUGCAGACGUUCCCGGUGGUGGAGGAGCACGUGCGCAGGUCCAUGGGGCAGGAACUGUACCAGCUCUUCCUCCACUAUGGUGAAGAUUUGUACAUGAAAAUAGACAGCGUUCAGGCGGACAUCCUGGCUGUCAACGAGGUCAAUGUUGCCCAAGAAUUAGACUUCUAUGACAUCUCUAGCAGCAACUUGAACCUUUCCUGCGGUCCUGGAGAUACCAGACAGAUGGUCUACAUCACCCACUUUCAGAAGGAGGACGCAGACGCAAAGGAGUAACAGCUUCCACAAGGCAAAGGAUGAGUGGCAGGAAAGCCCAGGCUAAAAGUUUGUGGCUGCUGCACCCAGCCCCAGUA